CUUUCAAUCAGCAAGCUCGCCCUCGGAUUAUUCGUCCUCUUCAAUCUUCAUAAACAAACAUGCGUUUUGCUUAAAAACAAAAACAAAACAAACCAAACAAAUCUCUUCAUUGCCAUAAUCAUUUCUAUGUAAUUCUUCAAUCCAUAACAGAGGACUCUUCUCUAAAAUGGCUUCUACUUCGAUCAUGGACACCCUUUUCCAGCGCAAUCUCGAUGACUUAAUCAAGGGCUUCCGCCAGCACCAAGUGAAGGAAUCCGUAUUCAUCUCCAAAGCCCUCGAGGAGAUUCGUCGCGAGAUCAAAUCAACCGACCUUCUUACCAAAUCCACCGCCCUUCAGAAACUCUCGUACCUCAACUCUCUCCAUGGAACCGACAUGUCGUUCGCUUCCUUUCAAGCCAUUGAAGUCAUGUCGUCCCCGCAAUUCCUCCACAAGAGAAUUGGGUACAACGCCGUCACUCAAUCGUUUCACGAGAACACCCCGGUAAUGCUUUUGAUUACCAACCAAUUACGUAAAGAUCUGAAUAGUCAUAAUCAGUACGAAGUGAGUUUAGCUCUUGAAUGUUUAUCCAGAAUUGGGAAUAUUGAUCUUUGUAGAGAUUUAACUCCUGAAGUUUUUACUUUGUUGUCUAGUAGUAAAGCUUUUGUUAAGAAGAAAGCUAUUGCGGUUGUUUUGAGGAUUUUUGAGAAAUACCCAGAUGCGGUUAGAGUUUGUUUUAAGCGUUUAGUUGAGAAUUUAGAGAGUUCCGAUCCGGUUAUUGUGUCUGCUGUUAUUGGAGUGUUUUGUGAGCUUAGUUCGAAAGACCCCAGAUCUUAUUUACCGUUGGCACCUGAGUUUUAUAAGAUUCUAGUUGAUUCAAAGAAUAAUUGGUUGUUGAUUAAGGUGGUGAAGAUAUUUGCUAGGUUGGUGCAAUUAGAGCCUAGGUUGGCGAAGAGGGUUGUUGAGCCAAUAUGUGAACAUAUGAGGAGGACUGGUGCCAAGUCUUUGCUGUUUGAGUGUGUUAGGACUGUGGUGAGUAGUUUGAAUGAGUAUGAAUCUGCGGUGAAGCUUGCGGUUGCUAAGGUUCGGGAAUUUUUGGUUGAUGACGAUCCAAAUUUGAAGUUUCUCGGAUUGCAGGCACUUUCAAUUAUUGCACCGAAACACGUGUGGGCAGUGUUAGAGAACAAGGAUUUUGUGGUGAAGUCUUUGAGUGAUGGGGAUUUUAAUAUAAAGCUUGAGUCUUUGCGUCUUCUGAUGGCAAUGGUGUUUGAGGACAAUGUGGUUGAAAUAACAAGGGUCUUAGUUAAUUAUGCGCUUAAGUCUGACCCUGAAUUUUGUAACAAGAUUCUUGGUUCAAUUUUGUCUACUUGUUCAAGAAAUCUGUACGAGGUAAUUGUUGACUUUGAUUGGUAUGCGUCACUUCUCGGGGAAAUGGCUAGAAUCCCACAUUGCAAAAAGGGGGAAGAAAUUGAGAAUCAGCUAAUUGAUAUUGGUAUGAGGGUCAAGGAUGUUAGACCUGAGCUUGUUAGUGUCAGUCGUGAUCUUCUGAUUGAUCCUGCAUUACUUGGUAAUCCUUUCUUACAUCAAAUAUUAUCAGCUGCUGCUUGGUUGUCGGGUGAGUAUGUUGAGUUCUCUAGGAAUCCAUUUGAGCUUAUGGAGGCACUAUUACAACCUCGUACUACUCUCUUGCAGCCCUCUAUAAGGGCAGUGUAUGUUCAGUCUGCAUUUAAAGUAUUAAUCUUUUGUUUACACUCUUAUCUCUUAAGCAAGGGAAAUAAAACUUCCUCAUAUCCUGAGAAUCUGUCAGCAGGAAUUUCAGAAACAAUCUCUGUAAGGAAGUGUCCUGAAAGUUCAGAUUUAGCAACAUCAGAAUCUCCUGCCCAUUAUGAAGAAGAUGAAGAAUUUGAUCCAAGGGAUUUAAAUAAACCAUUUAAAGAUUUUCCUAUUGAAAAUGGUCCAGCCACUUCUGCUUCUCUAGCCAAUGACAGUUUCACCCAAGUAUCUAUUGUUAACCUGUUAAAUUUAGUUGAACUGGCCCUGGGGCCACUCUCUGUAAACCAUGAUGUAGAAAUACAAGAGAGAGCAAGGAAUGUACUUGGUCUAAUUGAUUUGAUAAAGCAAGAAGUUAUUAAUCCUAUUGGCCAAGGAGAAGGGAUUUUGGCAAGGGAAGAAACUGUAGCUUCCAGUGUCGUGAAGUUGAUGCAUGAUGCCUUUUUUGAGGAGCUUGACCUGGUCUCAUCUACUGCUCAGUCAAGGGUUCUUGUACCAGAGGGCUUAACGCUUAAUGAAAAUCUUGCUGACUUGGAAAUCAUCUGUGGUGAUGUGCAAUCACCUUUGUCAAGUGCAUUUUCUCUUGGCAGUGCUCAAUAUGGGGAACUAGUUGGUGUUUCCCCAUCUUACAUCCGGAGCAAAGAUGAGCCAGAACCAUCAAAUGAGUCCACUGCUCUGCUUGCGGAACACCGUAAGCGGCAUGGCUUAUAUUAUCUUCCUUCAGAAAAGACUGAGACUGUAUCAAAUGAUUAUCCUCCUGCCAACGACCCAAUGUCACAGGAUAAACUCAAUAACAAUGCUGAUGAUCUACUAAAGCUCACAGAGCAGUCAUUGGCCCCAAAGAAAAAGUCAACCCAUGCAAAGCCUAGGCCAGUGGUGCUAAAACUAGAUGGAGAUGAGAUAUCCAUAGCAGCCAAGAAGGCUGAGCUGAAGGGUGAUACACUUUCUGGUGCAGUGCGGGAUGUAUUUUUAGCUAAUGAACCUGUACCUGUUUCAUCACUAAGUAACCAGUCUGAUAAGCCAUCUAGUAGGAGAAAAGGAAAGGAGAAAUAUACUAAUCUUCCUCUAGAAUCAGAGAAUAUUGGUGCUGAGGAGAUGCGUGGUCAGAGCAAUACUAGCUCAAGAAGAAGCAAACACCGUAGUCAUGGUAAAGAGAGAAGACACAAAGGUUCUGGGAAGAAUGUUGAGGAAAAUGAAGAUAACGUUCAGAAAGAAAAGAAGAAGAGUAAUCAUAGCCAUAGCAGGCAUAAAGCUGGACAAAAAGCUGAUGAGCCCUUAAAUGUGGUUACACAAACAGCAGUGGUUCCUGAUUUUCUUUUGUAGCAUUAUAUUUUUGGAUCUAUUUUUCCAGUGACUGCUGCAGAGAACUUGGUCAAUGUUGUCCCCUGUAUUCUAACACCUCUGAUUUUCAAGGUCAGUUUUGCUGUAGAUUUAUACAUUUUUUUUUUCACUUCUUGGUUGGGGAUUGUGAUUGUCUUGAAGUUUUACCUCUGGGAUUGGUUUGACGUCUUAUACUUUGUGACUUUCAUUUUAUGAAGUAAAAAUUUUCUGUACUUGA